AUGGAUGAUGAACUCGAGCUGGAGCUGGAGCUGGCCGAGGCAUAUGACGGAGGGGUGAGCCACCGGCUGGGCUCGGCGCAGGGGGCCUCUGUGCGAGGAGCCAUCAGGCGGGAGGGCGCGGCAUCCGCAGUGCCGCCGCCGUCGGGGCCGCCGCCCGAGGAGGAAGCAGGAGAGGGCGAGCAGGAGAGGAAACGGCGGCGACUGGAGGAGAUUGCGAAGGCCCGGGCAGCUCAGGAGGCGGAGAACAAGAGGUUGGCCGAGGAGAGACGGAAGCGUCUGGAGGCGCGCCAGGCUAGCCAGCCCAGUCACGCUGAGCCUGCCGCGCAGUCGAGCAUGGCCCGGCAGAUGGAGGCUCUCAGGAGGAAGAUCCAGGCCGAGGAGGCGCGCCUGGCAGCGGCGAAGGCGGCAGCAGCCAGCGCGCAGGGCGGGGCAGGGCGGCCUGGCGUUGAUGAGCGCGGGACCGCUGCGGCCUCGGUGCCCAUGAUCGCCGUGAUUCUGGCCGGAACCGCUGCCAUGACCCUGGCCCCCGCCGCGCUGGCCGAGGACGUGCGGACCACCAGCGCCCCGGAGGGCGUGCGCAAGGUGGUCUGCGCCUCCAACCCCACCUCCAAGCUCUGCCUGGAGGGGUCGUACAAGAGGGGCCAGGCCCCUUCCCUGAAGAACUAA